AUUUUUAUGAACUGCAUGUCGUUGCGUUGCCGCCUCUCUGUCCAUUCAUGAUUCAUACACAAACAUACGCGUGCCAAAACGUCUUUCACAAUUUCAUUCUAUAAGCAUCUCCUCUCCUUAAUCGGUACUUCAGUCUCCAGUUUCUAGUUUCUUCUUCCCAGAUCCAUACAACACAACGCAGAGACACGCUCAUGGAAGCGGCCACUGGUUCAAUCUCAACCCUUGCCAUUGGAAUUGGAUCGCCAUUUCGGGACACCGCCCUCAGGCCUCCUGCCCCCCAUUUCCUUACUUUUCCUUCCAAACAUCUCCUCUCUGUUCCUCAUUAUCGGUCCUUCGUUUCUCCGUCGAGACUUGGAAAGAAGACGAUUACCGUUCCCUGUAGCGGUCAGGGUCGGGGAUUUGGGUUCUCAAUGGUUAAAGCGUCCCUGUCUUCGGAUCCGGCUGGUUCUGCUGCCCAAAUUGCUCCACUUCAGCUUCAGUCUCCAAUUGGCCAGUUUCUGUCUCAAAUACUGACUACCCAUCCCCAUCUUCUUCCUGCAGCCGUCGACCAGCAGCUUCAACAGCUACAAAUCCAACGUCAUGCUGAAGAAAAAACUCAGGAGACCCCUGCUUCCGCUACUCAUGACAUUGUCUUGCACAGGAGGAUUGCAGAGGUUAAGGCAAAUGAAAGGAAAAGAGCCUUAGAAGAGAUAUUGUAUGCAUUGGUGGUGCAACGAUUCAUGGACGCCGAUGUUCCUCUUAUACCAACUGUUGCCCCAUAUGGCCGAGUUGUCACAUGGUCACAAGAUGAUGAAAAGCUGGAGCGGCUUCACUCGUCCGAAGCAAGGGAAAUGAUUCAGAACCACCUAGCGCUCGUUUUGGGCAAUCGGAUUGGUGACUUUGCUUCAGUAGUGCAGAUAAGCAAACUGAGAGUGGGGCAGGUGUAUGCGGCGUCUGUGAUGUAUGGAUACUUCCUCAAGCGAGUGGAUGAGAGGUUUCAGCUUGAGAAGACAGUGAAAAUGCUACCAGCUGAUGCAACAGACGAGGGAGAAGGAGCAGAAUGGGAUUCCUCCUUCUCCAAUGCACCAGUGCAUCCUGAAAUCUCUUCCAUGGCAGUUGAACAAGGAGAUGUUAGUCCUGUGGAGUCGGGUCUGGGGAUCAAGCCCUCCCGCUUGAGAACAUACGUAAUGUCGUUUGAUGGGGACACACUGCAGAGAUUAGCCACGAUAAGGUCAAAGGAGGCUGUUAGCAUCAUUGAGAGACACACGGAGGCCUUGUUUGGAAGACCCCAGAUUGCAAUCACCCCGCAAGGAACAGUAGAUACCUCCAAAGACGAGCUUAUCAAAAUCAGCUUUGGUGGGUUGAAGAGACUAGUUAUGGAAGCUGUGACUUUCGGUUCUUUUCUAUGGGAUGUUGAGACGUACGUGGACUCCAGGUAUCAUUUUGUCAUGAAUUGAGAUAUGAAAUUCGACAAUGGAUGCAGUUGCGCACCUGACCGCCCCUAGAGACUGUAAUGUGGACUGAUAUCUAAGUUGAUUGUGUAGUUUCCAGUGAACUCUCCACAAUCUGGCUUGUCUUAUGGUGCGUUUGAAUGAUAAACUCGAAGCUAAUUACACAGAGAGACCACAACCAAGAGUCUGAGAUACAAUACAAAGCUUCCCAUUACCAUAUUUUUUUACUUAUUUCCCUUGUUAAAUAGUAUAAUUAGUUAUGAAAA